GAAAAGACUGGCUCAAACCCAAAUAAAACCAAGGGUCGAUUCGACCCCAACCUCCGUUUCUCCAAAGCCGUUCAAUUUGUUUUGUCUGUCUGAAACGUUGGUUGAGAGCACAUGUCGCUGCAAACCUUUCAUUUUACCACCUGUUCCUGUCACACCACAACCUCAUCCAUCUGCAAUGCAAUCAAUCCCUUUCUGACUUCCAUUAUUCAUCGCAUCACUGCACUUUCUAACGCAUACAUACCAACAAACAUAACACGCCUUACAUAUAAACUAACGUAAUAACAAUGCCCUCUUAGUUUUUCCACCAUUAUCAACCCAAAACCGUUAACUAUAUUUUGUCUUUUCUUCUCUUUCAUGGCCAAUCACAAACUAGAUUGUUGUUUGUGUGACCAGAAGAAAAGCCAAGCUAAUAAACCGAAGAAGCUUACAAUUGCAGAAGCUUUAGAUCUUCAAUCUGAUUUGCUGCACCCCGAUACCAAUGCCAAUACGAGGCCCAAAAGAGCUACCAAGAGACAAGCCUCUCUAUUUUCUUGUUCAUCUUCUGCCCAUGACUUGAGGCAUUUGGAAUUGGAGAAAGAGAAAGAAAAUAUAGCAUCACCAAGAGGAGUCUUGGAAGCCUGCAUGAAAGACUUUGACUCUCACGACCAAUCACAUGAAUCGAAAGCCACUUGUUCAACCACGAGGGCACGCUCUCACUGGUCCAAAUUCUUCAAAAUUUGGAGGAAAAAAUCUUUUAAGCGCCUAGGCUCCCUCCCUCCUCUUAUUAGUGUGCCAAAGAUACCGAAGUGGAAAAGCAAAAGCAGCAGAGAAAACCAAGUUCUAAGUAAGCUAUACAACUUCAGGUCUUCUUGGGUCACUUUCAGCCUCUCUGAACUCAGAAAUGCAACCAACAAUUUUAGUGAUGAAAAUAUAAUUGGAAGAGGUGGCUUUGCUGAGGUUUACAAAGGGUGUCUCCAAGAUGGACAAUUAAUAGCUGUGAAGAAAUUGAGUAAAGGGACCACAGAUGAAAAAACCGCAGGCUUUCUAUGUGAGCUAGGUGUAAUUGCUCAUGUUGACCAUCCUAAUACUGCAAAGCUAGUUGGAUGUUGUGUAGAAGGGGAAAUGCAACUUGUCUUUGAACUCUCUACACUCGGAAGUUUAGGAUCUCUUCUUCAUGGUUCAGAUAAAAAGAAAUUAGAUUGGAGUAAAAGGUAUAAAAUUGCUCUGGGAAUAGCUGAUGGUCUCCUCUAUCUGCAUGAGUGUUGUCACAGGCGAAUCAUUCAUAGAGAUAUCAAGGCAGAGAAUAUUCUGCUCACGGAGAAUUUUGAGCCACAGAUAUGUGAUUUUGGACUUGCAAAGUGGUUACCAGAACAAUGGACUCACCAUAGUGUAUCAAAAUUUGAAGGCACAUUUGGCUAUUUUGCUCCUGAAUAUUUCAUGCAUGGAAUAGUAGAUGAGAAAACUGAUGUUUUUUCAUUUGGGGUCCUACUUUUGGAGAUCAUAACUGGGCGUCCAGCGGUGGAUCAUAUGCAGCAGAGUGUUGUGAUAUGGGCAAAACCAUUGCUUGACGCUAAUCAUAUCAAGGACCUUGUUGAUCCUUCUCUUGGCGACGAUUAUAAACGAGAACAGAUGGGUUGUGUUGUUUUAACUGCAUCAAUGUGCAUUGAACACUCUCCUAUCUUACGCCCCCGCAUGAGUCAGGUUGUAACACUGCUAAGAGGUGAAGACCAUGUUCUGAAAGCUACAAAAUCAAGCCGAAGGAGGCCUCUACAAAGAGCAUACUCAGAAGAGCUACUAGACGCGCAAGAAUACAACUCAACAAAACAUCUAAGAGAUCUCAAGCGAUUUGAGCAGAUUGCAUUGGGUUAACGAGAGCUAAGGACAUCAUUAGUUUUAGGACUUGAAGAUUGUAUAAAACUUUUGGGGCAAACUUCGGUAAUUAAGUCCAUGGAAAUGAACCUCUAGGACACUAUGAAAAUGCAAAAAAUAUUAAAGGCUACCUGCAUUUCCAUGGAGAGCAACUUGUAUACAUUUUCUUGGCAAUGGUACUUAUUAUGUGCACUAUUUAUUGUGCUUCUGUACAUACAUUACAUCAACUGUUGAUUUUUUAUGUAAGCCAGAACCCUUUUUUCCAGUGAAUACACAUUAUAUAAGUCUUUUGAAAA